ACUAACCUUAUAUGUGAUGUCGCAUGACCAAAAAGGGAGCCGGUUACCUCAAUCCGCUUGCUGGGUCGAUGAAUGGGGAAAGAUUGAGGUAUCAUUUGAAUACCUCAUCAAAAAAACUUGGAAGAAUCAUCCAGCUGUCACAAAGAGAUGUACUCAUAGUGAUUAAAACAAUUAGGAAGCUGCUAUAAGGAAGGAAGUCACAUAACCUCGAGGAGAGGUUGGAAUCCACCACCCGGUGGAACGUAGCGAGAAUCUUCCCCGGCUUGCUGGAGGAAGAAACACGCAUAUGAUCUCGUUGUACUACAAUUGUUCCGCGUUACAAAGAGAAAUAAAAUUGAAGGCGAAAGGAAAUUUUAAUGAUUGAGAUAGUAUCGAAGUACGGACAAUGAAUACAAGUGGACAUGUAAAUGGAGAAAUCGAGAAUUCUCGUGAUGACAGUGUGCCGAACCACUCAGAGUCACAGAUAAUCAAUGAGGUUGUUUCUAUGGAGGUGGAAAAUGGCACAUUCACUGUACCGUCUACGGACUGUCUGUCUAACGGGACAGAUAAUUCACAGGAUGUUAAUAGUGCAAAUUGUAGAAACGAAAACACGAAUAGCCCUAAUAAGAGCGCACGUUCGCACAAUCGAAAAGACUCGUUGAAAAGUCCGUUAUUUAAGAGUCCAAUUAAACAGUGGGAUAAAUCUGCGCGAUUUACAGAUAUGGCUCAAACGAGUGUGUGUCCGCAGAGAAAGAGGACGAUUAGCUCGAAUAGCGAUUACGAUAAAUUCCAGUCGGAUUUAAAUGAUACGGAAAAUGUUCCUUGCCUCGAGGGUAUCGACCUGCUGCACGACUUAGAUUCUGUGAUAAAGUUCGAAGACAGCAAAGACAUUUUCUUUUCCACGAUAAUGGAUGUGACACGAGAGGAUGACUUGGGGGUGAAUAAGGAUCCGGUGACAGACCCUCUCUCCAUUAGCGACUGUGAAAAGAAGGAUACCGACACACUUGCGGAAUCACAUUCCAUAACGCUUGGCAAGAAACGUGAAAUCAGAACAGCGUUGAGGUCUCAAAUGAAAAGGCAAAUGCCUAAAUGUUAUUUUAAGAAUAAAAAACGUAAAACGAAUACGGAAAAGAAGCUUUUGAAAGAGUUAAAAAUUUUUGAAGAAGAAUGGGAAGAAAUGUCGUUAAGUAACAUAAAGAAAUUGUCAGAACUAUGCAUAAAACUGAAACAUAAGGUGCCACCGCAGCAUAAAAUAGAGCGUACCGGAUCCAACGCGCCAACAAACAGAGAGAAAAUGUUAUUUCAGAAACAUGGACCGAUCCGAAAAGGCUCAUACACACCUGUGGAGGACAAAAUUAUCAGAAAAAAUUGGAAGAAGUUUUGCAAGCUCCAUGAUUGGAAUGUAGCGAUAACGAAGCCAUUUCUUUGUUGGAGACAUAAUGACAGAUAUUACAUAAACAAAGUGGAGGAAAGACAGAAAUUCGUUCAAUUUUUGGCAAAUGGUUUACCUUGGCGGACUCUCCACAGUGUUCAUUCUCGAUUUAAAGUAUUAUAUCGUAACAAAAUCACUCGCACUCGCUAUACUUCCAAAGAAGAUAAAAAAAUUUUAAGGUACAUGCGGAAUAAACUCGAUAAACGUGAUACUAAAUAUAGUGAAUUAGCAAAAUUAUUAAGACGAACACGCCGGUCGGUCUGGAAACGAUAUCAGUAUCUCAAAAAUCGAAUUCAAAAUAAAUCAGAAACGGAACUUGACGUUAGAUGGACAUUACCGUUGAUCAGAAAAUUUAUAAAAGCUUUACUCAGCGUGACAUUAAGUGAAGACAUAAGGGAACUGAAAGAUGCCGCGCUUCCCAAACCGGUGUGGCAGAAAAUGGAAGAGAAACUGAACAUACAUGAAAAAGUCUUGCGAACAUUUUGGCAACAUCAGUUACAUCUACAAUUAUUCAGUGUGGUUCCGAUUUAUUUAAACGAUAUCAAGAUACAAUUAAUUGAAUAUAUGUAUGGAAAGGGGAUAUCUAAUACUCGUGAAAUUAUAUGGCCCAAUGUUGCACGACACUUUGAAGGAUCCACUGCAGUAUUCCUUUGCAAAAUCUUUUAUUAUCUCGUACAAGAAUGCAAUAUGAACAACGUGGAUAAUUUUGCCGAUGUUGUGGAAUACUUAUAUCAUAAUAAAAUCCCUGAAAUCCAAACAGCCCCAACCGAUAAAUUUCUGCCUAAAAUUAUUUAUAAAGAUGGGAAAGUUUCUCUGCUAAAUACGGAAAGUGGCAAGACAAUUACCGAUGAUCAAGAAACUGAUUGCAGUACUGAUUCCGAAAAUUGACUUGUAUAAAAUUAAGUAUUAUACUUAUAUAUUAUAUCUUUUUAUAUUUAAAUUACAAUGUGUAAUUUUAAUGUA